ACUGUUGCAUGCUGGGUGACAAACUCUGCGGGACGGGGUAGGCAGAAGCAUCAAAAUGGCGGCGCUGGAGGAGGGAGGAAAGUACGGACUCUCCUGUUCCAGACCCACGGAAACUCCAAAAUCAGCCGUCCUCGUCAGAUUAACCGACUCAGCGCUUAGAGCACUAGAAGAGUACCAAACCCUAAAGGGAACUCACCAGAAACCAAGUAUUCAAUUUAGAAACAAUGAAGGGGUCAUUACUGUCCCUGUUAGGAAAAGUGAAGAGAACCCCCAGGGAACAAAGACUUUUAAAUUCACCUUAUCCUCUGCUCAGCAGGGUGUUACAGAGUGUGUGCAACAGGGGCGGAGAAGUCUCGGUGACACCCAGCUGCAGCAGGUCAACAAUAUCCAGCAGAAGCUGACGGUCCACGCCACCGAUGACGUCUACCAAACCACCAGACAACGGGUCACUCAGGUCGAGGAGGAGUGGAAGAAAAACCAGACUAAAGUAUUGGACAAACUAGGACCAAAAAUAGGAAGGAAAGUUAAGAUCAAACAUCCCAGCCAGCCCAUCCCACCAAGCCGCAAACACACCAAAAGUGCCAUCCAUAGCUCCUCCUUCAGGAUUCAGAAACAGACCGCCAAACAACGGACCCUACACAGUGUUAGUACGGCCAGUAAACCUAGUCCCUCUGUCAAUAGCUCCAGAAAUAACCACGAGAGACAGACUGCAGUCUCCAAGAGACCGUGCAGGGAGAGAGUCGUCCACCUCCUGGCCAUGAAGCCUUACAAGAAACCUGAGCUCAUCUUGAGACUGAAUAAAGACGGGAUCAGUGACAAGACAUCAUUGCCAGACAUUCUCAAAGAGAUAGCAACAUUAGGUAAGGAUGACAACUACACACUGAAUAAAGCUACCUUUAGUGAUGUCCAGGAAGACUGGCCGUUCUACACCAGCGAGGAGAGGCAACUUGUGAAAAGGAGACUUGCCCAGAUGCGACAGUCUCCUUCGUGUUCCCCAACGACCACUACCCACGACAGUCCGCCGUCGCUCCAGGGUUCUUCUCAGCAGCCCGUCCAGGCCUCCAAACGCCCCCUGGACAGCCUGGACCAGCAAGUCGCCGCCAAGAAGCCACGGGUCAGGAUCAGUGCAAAUACAGGCGCCUUGGGCAGCCAGAACUGUGCAAUAAACUCACAGGCAUUCCCAGUGCAAAGUAACGAAGCCACUUCGACACAGUCCACACCAAGUCCAGACUCCCAGGUGGACGACAGGUUUGACGUCAAAGCGUUCGACAAGAAAGAGGAGGAGAGGGCGCAACGCAAGAGGGAAAAGACCAAAGCCAUCAGGAGUGCAAAUGGCAAAGAUAGGAAAGUUAAAGAUGCGCCGUCAUCCCCAAGUGCCAAUGAACAAUCCGUCGCCACCUCCACAUCGGAGAUGCCAACGUAUAUCAGUCACUACCCACCAAUCUCGAAAUACGACCAGCGGCAGUCUUACAAGAUGGACUUCAACCGGGAGUACGAGGAGUACAAGCAGCUGUACGCCAACAUCCAGAAGGUUUCGCAGAGAUUCAGCGACCUGGAGGCGGAGCUGCGAAAGCUGCCUGAAGGGAGCAAUAACUACAAGAGAAUACAGAAACAAGUCCUGCAGGAAUACGACAAGAUCCAAGCUGUAAGUUACACCCGGGGGCAACGAACUGCAUUAAAUUAGCCCGUGUCACACAUUCACGACCUUCCCCCGAACAC